CUUUUGCCCCACGAAGACACUAUAACCACUCUCUCGCCUCCGCCUCCCGUAAUCUUUUAUACUCUAUCCGCCGUAUAGUUGAACAUUCAUCAUGGCGUCUAUACCAGUGAUCGUAAAGCAUCAGGGCAAGAAGCACGAGGUCGAAGUGGAUACCACCUCCACCGGCGAGACGUUCAAGUACCAACUCUUCUCCAUCACCGGCGUCGAGCCAGAGCGUCAAAAGGUCAUCGUCAAGGGCGGACAGCUCAAGGAUGACGCCGACAUGUCCAAGCUGGGCCUCAAGCCGAACCAGACACUCAUGAUGAUGGGCACGCCCUCGGGGUCGGCAAACGUUAUCGAGAAGCCCAAGGUCCCGGUCAAGUUCCUCGAGGACAUGGACGAGGCGGAAGCUGCGCAGUUGGAGGGCGCCACACCCGCAGGCCUGCAGAACCUGGGCAACACCUGCUACAUGAACUCUACCCUGCAGACGCUACGCUCCAUCCCGGAACUUCAAGAAGAGCUCUUGCGGUACGCAGACAGCAACGGCGCCAGCUCAUCCAGUGCCUCGCAGCUCAGUCAAUUCGGUCUCGGUGGCCUCGGUGGCUCAGCCGACCUAACGGGCUCCCUCCGCGACCUCUUCAAGCAAAUGUCCGAGACACAAAAUGGUUUCCCUCCACUCAUGUUCCUCAACGCUCUCCGAACCGCAUUUCCCCAGUUCGCCCAAAAAUCAAAGGACGGCCACGGCUACGCACAGCAGGAUGCCGAGGAAGCUUGGUCACAAAUCGUUUCGCUGCUCCGACAAAAGCUAAAGAUCACCGACAACGAGACAGGGUCAGAUGCGAACAAGAAGAGGGAGCUAUCCUGGAUCGACAAGUACAUGGCGGGCAAGUUCGAGUCGGUCAUGGAGUGCGAUGAGCCCGCAGCGAAGGAGGGUGGCGAGGAACCCGUUCACAGCGAGGACCUCUUCUUCAAGCUCAACUGCCACAUCAACGUAGAGACGAACCACCUCAGGGACGGUCUGGCUGCUGGCCUGAAGGAGCAGAUCGAGAAGCGAUCAGAGGUUCUGGGCCGAAACGCCAUCUACACCAAGACAUCCAAAAUCGCGCGCCUACCGAAACACCUCCCCAUCCACUUCGUGCGGUUCGACUGGCGAAAAGAUACCAACAAGAAGGCGAAGAUCAUGCGCAAGGUCACCUUCCCCGAAGAGCUGGACGCAUUGGAGUUCUGCACAGACGACCUGAGGAAGAUGCUCGUCCCAAUCCGGGACAAGAUCCGUGAAGUCCGCAAGGAAGAGGAGGACGUGGAGCGCGCCCGCAAGCGACAGAAGCGCAUGCGAGCUGGCGAGGAGAACGACAGUGACCCUCUUGCUCGCAAGGAGCCUCUACAGAAGAAGAAGGAAGCUGCACAAAAGAAGGAGGACGCCAGCAAGCCGGCUGAGGAUACCAAGAUGGAGGAGGUUGAGUACAAGACCGACGCUCAGGUCGAGGCGGAACGUGCCGCAUCAAUCCUUGCUGCCAAGAAGGAGCUCCUCGCUCUUGUAGAUUCCAAGAUGACUGCAGAUGAGGGCGCAAACCAGACGGGUCUCUACGAGUUGAGGGGCGUCAUCACGCAUCAGGGCGCCAGCGCUGAUAGUGGCCACUACACGUCCUUCGUCAAGAAGCAGGGACCCAAGGACCCUAACACUGGCAAGCGGAAGGAAGAAGACGGUAAAUGGUGGUGGUUUAACGACGAGAAGGUAUCCGAGGUGGAUGCCGAGAGGAUACAGACCUUGUCUGGUGGAGGCCAAAGCCACUCGGCUCUUAUCCUCCUCUACCGCGCCGUCCCUCUACCCAUCAUCGACGAGGACGUGCAGAUGGGCGACUCAUAGGCUGAAUCGAAACGCGUCACCAUGACCAUGUCCUUGAGUCUCGCGCGCAAGAACAUGCUGAAGCGCAAACGGGACCUGAGCGGCAUACAAUGCAUGACAUUCGGCAUUAUACAAGCUGGAACGACUAUGGGACGAUACCUCUGAGAACUUAAGUAACGAUUGCAUGACUUCAAGAACUUGCAUUAAUAGACACGGCAUUAGACUGUUGAA